AUGGCUUCAGGAUACGACAGAGCGUUGUCCGUCUUCAGUCCUGAUGGACACGUUUUCCAGGUCGAGUACGCUGGCGAAGCUGUCAAGAGAGGAACGUGUGCGGUCGGCGUCAAGGGUACAGAUGUCGUCGUCCUCGGAUGCGAAAAGCGAUCAGCCAUGAAGCUGCAAGAUACCCGAAUUACCCCCUCCAAGAUUCAGCUCCUCGACACCCACGUCUGCCUGGCAUUCGCCGGAUUGAACGCCGAUGCUCGUAUCCUCGUCGACAAGGCGCGGUUAGAGGCACAGUCCCACAGACUGACCGUCGAAGACCCCGCCUCCAUCGAGUACAUGACCAAGUACGUUGCUGGUGUCCAGCAACGGUACACACAGAGUGGUGGUGUCCGUCCCUUUGGUAUCAGCACCUUGAUUGUCGGCUUCGACAGCGGCAGCAAGGUCCCCCGCCUUUACCAGACCGAGCCCUCUGGCAUCUUCUCCGCAUGGAAAGCCAACGCCAUCGGCCGUUCCAGCAAGACCGUUCGCGAGUUCCUCGAGCGCAACUACAAGGAGGAUAUGGACAGAGAGGCUACCAUCCGACUCGCCAUCAAGUCUCUUCUCGAGGUUGUCCAGACCGGAGCCAAGAACAUUGAAAUCGCGUUGAUGGCACCGGGUAAGACGAUUGAGAUGCUGCCCGUGGAGGAGAUUGAGAACCAUGUCAAGAGCAUCGAGCAAGAGAAGCAAGAGGAGGCGGCCAAGAAGAAGACUGGACGCACACCCGGCACCGGAAGCGCGGCGAUCCUCACAAGAGGCUCGGGCUCGGGUGACGGUGAUGAGUAA